GAUGUUCAUGGACGGGCCUGAAGAUGAGAGGACUAAACUCAUGAGCUGUUUAGGAGCAUUCAGACAGUACUGGAGCACUCUGCCUCAGGAGUCACAUGAUCAAUGCGUGCAGUGGAUUGUGUGCUUCAUUCAUAGUCAGCACAGCCCCAAACGCAUCUCCUUCCUGUAUGACUGUCUGGCUAUGGCAGUGGAGACCAGCCUGCUGCCUCCCAGGAUGGUGUGUCAGGCUUUGGUCAGCUCUGACACUCUGGAGUGGGAGAGGACUCAACUUUGGGCUUUGACAUUUAAACUAAUUCGCAAAAUCAUUGGAGGAGUCGACUACAAGGGUGUGAGGGAUUUACUAAAGGCUGUGAUGGAUAAGAUUCAGACCAUCCCAAACUUUGUGAGCUCAGCGGUGGUUCAACAGCUGCUGGCAGCACGAGAAGUGGUGGAAUACAUACUGGACCGGAAUGCUUGUCUGCUGCCUGCAUACUUUGCCGUGACUGAGAUCAGAAAGCUGUCACCGGAGGGGGCGCUCUCGCACUGGUUGUUGGGUAGCCUGAUAUCUGACUUUGUUGAUAGUUUCAGACCCACUGCUCGAAUAAACUCCAUCUGUGGUCGCUGCAGUCUUCUGCCGGUGGUUAAUAAUUCUGGUGCCAUCUGUAACUCAUGGAAACUUGACCCAACAACUCUGCGUUUCCCUCUCAGGGGAAUGCUGCCAUAUGAUAAGGAUCUAUUUGAGCCACAGACGGGUCUGUUGAGGUAUGUGCUGGAGCAGCCUUACUCCAGAGACAUGGUCUGCAACAUGCUGGGCCUCAACAAACAGACCUUGAACAUUGCUCAGCAUAAGCAGAGAUGUCCAGUUCUGGAGGACCAGCUGGUGGAUCUGGUGGUGUAUGCCAUGGAGCGGUCCGAGACAGAGGAGCAGUUUGAUGACGGCGGCACCAGUCAGCUCCUUUGGCAGCAUCUCUCCAGCCAGCUCAUCUUCUUUGUUCUGUUCCAGUUCGCUAGCUUCCCUCACAUGGUGCUGUCGCUCCAUCAGAAGCUGGCCGGUCGAGGGUUGAUUAAAGGGAGGGAUCACUUGAUGUGGGUGCUCCUACAGUUUAUCUCCAGCAGUAUUCAGAAGAAUGCUCUGGCUGACUUCCUGCCCGUAAUGAAGCUCUUUUACCUGCUCUACCCUGAGAAAGAGUGUAUUCCUGUCCCAGACAUCAACAAGCCCCAGUCCACUCAUGCCUUCGCAAUGACCUGCAUCUGGAUCCACCUGAACCGCAAAGCUCAAAACGACAACUCCAAACUGCAGAUCCCCAUUCCACACUCGCUCAAGCUGCAUCAUGAGUUUCUUCAGCAGAGUCUGCGUAAUAAGAGUCUGCCAAUGACAGAUUACAAGAUCGCUCUGCUGUGUAAUGCAUAUUCCACAAACUCCGAGUGUUUCACGCUGCCCAUGGGUGUGCUGGUGGAGACCAUCUAUGGUAACGGCACCAUGUGGAUCACUCUGCCUGGCACCAACUGCAUGGCGUCUGGAUCCAUCACGCCCCUACCAAUGAACCUACUUGACUCCCUUACUGUUCACGCCAAAAUGAGGGUUCUGGAGCGCAUCGGGGCACGUGCAUUGGUGGCCCAUGUGCGGACGUUCGCCGACUUCCUGGUGUACGAGUUCUCUACGUCAGCAGGCGGGCAGCAGCUGAAUAAAUGUAUCGAGAUUCUGAACGACAUGGUGUGGAAGUACAACAUUGUGACACUGGACAGACUCAUCCUGUGUCUGGCGAUGAGGAGUCACGAGGGCAACGAGGCUCAGGUGUGUUACUUCAUCAUUCAACUCCUGCUUCUCAAACCAAAUGACUUCCGCAACCGUGUGAGUGAUUUUGUGAAAGAGAACACUCCAGAACACUGGCUACAGAGUGACUGGCACACCAAACACAUGACCUACCAUAAGAAGUAUCCAGAGAAGCUGUACUUUGAGGGUCUGGCAGAGCAGGUGAACCCCCCCAUCCAGCUGCAGUCACAGUACCUGCCUAUCUACUUCGGUAACGUGUGUCUGCGAUUCCUACCUGUGUUUGACAUCGUCAUCCAUCGCUUCCUGGAGCUGCUGCCUGUGUCGAAAUCUCUGGAGACUCUUCUGGAUCAUCUGGGGGGGCUCUACAAAUUUCAUGACCGGCCAGUGACAUACCUGUACAACACUCUUCACUACUAUGAGAGGCACCUGCGAGAUCGCACCAACCUAAAGAGGAAGCUGGUGCACGCCAUCAUGAGCUCCCUCAAGGACAACCGCACACCUGGCUGGUGUCUCAGCGAGACGUACCUAAAGUGUGGAAUGAACCCCAGAGAAGACAGCAUCUGGAUCCCUGACGACACCUACUACUGCAAACUCAUCGGACGACUUGUAGACACCAUGGCAGGUAAAUCUCCAGGACCGUUCCCCAACUGCGACUGGCGCUUUAAUGAGUUUCCAAACCCCGCUGCUCACGCGCUGCACGUCACCUGUGUGGAGCUCAUGGCUCUCGCUGUGCCAGGGAAAGAUGUGGGGAAUGCCCUGCUCAAUGUAGUGCUCAAGAGUCAGCCGCUGGUUCCUCGAGAACACAUCACAGCCUGGAUGAAUGCUAUUGGACUCGUCAUCACUGCCCUACCUGAGCCAUACUGGAUCGUCCUUCAUGACCGUAUCGUGAGUGUGGUCAGCAGUCCGGUUCUGAGUUCUGAGGCCGAAUGGGUCGGUUACCCCUUCCAGCUGCUGGACUUCACCGCCUGUCACCAGUCAUACUCAGAGAUGCACUGCAGUUACGUCCUGGCACUGGCACACGCCGUCUGGUAUCACUCCAGCAUCGGACAGCUGUCCCUCAUACCCAAGUUCCUGUCGGAGGUUCUGAAGCCCAUCGUGAAGACAGAGUUCCAGCUGCUGUACGUGUAUCAUCUCGUGGGGCCGUUCCUACAGCGCUUCCAGCAGGAGAGAACCAGAUGCAUGCUGGAGAUUGGAGUGGCGUUUUACGAGAUGCUUCAGGCGGUGGACCAGCACAGUAAACACUUGGCGUAUAUGGACCCCAUCUGUGACUUCCUUUACCACAUCAAAUACAUGUUCACUGGGGACAGCGUCAAAGACCAGGUGGAGAGGAUCAUCUGUUCGCUGAGCCCGGCGAUACGUCUCCGUCUGCGCUUCAUCACUCACAUCAGUAAAAUGGAGCCCACAGCGACCACCACCCCUCAGCCGACAGUGGUCUCGUCCCCUGCACCCCAGAGCGGAGCUGGACCCACUAAUAUCCCUCUGUCUGUCGCCCAGUGACGUGCAGUCACACACUAUAGCACUGGACAUGGUAACGUCUUUCUCAGAGCAGAUACGGCCGCAAAACUGCGCUCUAAAGUCGAUUUGUUCAGAUGGCUUUCAUUUGAACCUCCAUAUGUGUCAUGCUGUCGCACUUAACACAGAGUUAAAAGCUGUUACAACUCGAGCAUUCGAUCUCAAGCUCUUGCCGGUUGAAGUGUUGUUUUAACUCUGUAAAAGGAAUCGUCCGCCCAAAAAUAAAAAUUCAUUAUUUCUGAAGUUAUUAUUCACUGAUAAUCUUCCCUUCUGCCAAGAGGCUGCAUUCAGAGAGUGUGUCUCUCUCUCUCUUGAUCUCGAACUGGCGCCUCCAGCUCACCUUUAUUCCCCUCCCGGCUGAUUAGGACAAUUCAGCACCGGAUGUGCAUUCUCACGGCCCGGCCACACCCACCUCCUCGUCACACUCCUCCACCGCCCGAUUCAGGCCAGGAAAACCUCCGGCAUGACGUACUCCACUCCCCUCUCUUCCUGGCGGGGAGAUGUUGCCCUUCCGGCCAUCCUUCUGCUGGCAGGUCUUCCCCGCCUCUCUGGAGCCAUGGGAGAGACGAGGGGAGGGAGAGGGGAGAGGGAAAGAGCGAGGGGGAGAGACAGAGAGAGAGAGGAGAGAGAGGAGAGAGAGAGAAAAGCUCACUCACCGGUCCCCGGACACGCCAUUGCCUGGUCCUCAGCUUCUCCUCCGCCCUCUGGCAGACGACAGCCGUGUGUUUGAGGCUUUUAAGCAGGCCUAAAUUGAGGCAGAUCAACCAGUGCUCAGAACACAAAGACGCUUUGACACUCCGAUCACAUUGUAUUACUGGAGGGGAACAUGUGACACUUAACAAGGCUUUUAAUUCCAGUGGAAUUCCAGUAGAAACCUCUUUAGUUGGAUGUUCCAGCACCUGCCAUAUUCUGAUGUUGGAAAUCCACUGGAAAACAUGUGUUGCCUCUGACCCCAAAAUCAUGGACUAGAAUGCCAGAUACUUGCAUUUAUGGACUAUAAGAUUUUUGCUUUUUCCUGAACUUAGAUAUAGCAACAUCAUGUUUUUUGUAUCAAAUGAAAGUGAGUUUUGUUUUCCCAUGAUCAUUUUUUUUAAAUGUUAAAUAAAAACAGGUCAUGUUGUAUGUUUUGAAAUUUUGCCUCUGAU